AUGAGGACGAGGUCAAUCUGGACGGCGACGUGCGCUACCGCCCUGCUCCUGCUGCAGCCCGCACGAUGCCAGCGGGACACGGGCGUAGCGGGCGCACCCGACGCAGCACACUACAGGUAUCGCAUCGGGCAUUCGGUUGCCGUCGCGGGCAACAAUCUGUACAUUGAGGGCGGCGAGGUUGUUUCGGGGCAGGGGAACGAGACGGAACAGUCUGUGAUAUCAAACAAAACCGCCAUCAUCCCUCUCGACAAAAAAUGGAACACCACAGACCCUGGAAUCCACGUCAUCGACAGCGGCGAGUUCGGUCUGCGAGUGACCGAGACGGCACUGUGGCCUGCCCAAGAUGGCCAGACGCUGUUUAGCUGGGGCGGCAGCGUCGGCAGCGCGGCCCAGCUGUUGCAGGACUCGCAGCUCCGCGAGCUGCGCAACCGGUGGUCCAACGACAGCACCGUGCCCCGGAGCGGUAGCGGCAGCGAUGGCGAAAAGAUUGCGCGCACGAGGGGCGGCAGCUGGACGACCUGCAACGGCGUCGGCUUCCUCCUGGGCGGCGUGACGCCCCUGACGGCCGCCGACCUCAGCCCGCCGGGUACCUUUACCGUAUUCACGCCCUACGAGGCCCAGUUCGGACCCGUUCCCGGCCUCGUGACCUUCGACAUGCGCACCAGGCGAUGGGACAACGUGUCGGCCGACGGGUUCGGGCCGGAUGGCCCCAUCGUCGGGGGCACCCACUAUGGCGGCGCGGCCGUCUGCCUGCCGACGUUUGGCACCAACGGUAGCGGGCUCGUCGUGUUCCUAGGCGGCAAGCAGGCGACCAAUCUUCGGGCCCCCGCGACAUUCUCGGAUAUGCUCUUCGAGGCCAUAUACUUUUACGACAUUGGCACGAAAAAGUUCCAUUCGCAGUUUGCCACGCUGCACACCAAGGACGCGCUGCCGGCUUCGAGGACCGAGUUCUGUGCCGUCGCAGCGCGACCUUCGUCCAACUCGUCCUACGAGAUUGUCGUCUUUGGCGGGAGGAACGGACCCGCUUCUUCCGACGUGCGCAUUCUAACUGUGCCUGGUUUCCGAUGGUUCAAGGUCCCCGACGCCGAGGGCGCCCGGUACCAGCAUGGGUGUGCCGUGGUCGGUAGUGGGAGGCGGCAGAUGCUCAGCGUCGGGGGCAUCGAGUCGUGGGAGAGCAAAUUCGGCACCGGCAUCUCGGAUCCGUGGAAGAACGGGCUCAAGAUUUUUGACAUGACGACGCUGAAGUGGUCUGACACAUACGACCCUGACGCCCCGGCCUACGAAACUCCUGCCGAGAUCAAGAGCUGGUAUGAUGCUGGCGGGCGCCAAUCCGUUAAAUGGGACAAACCCGAGCUCGAAGCUGUAUUUGCCCAAACAAAUUCUGUGCAGCAACCAACUGAGUCAGGCUCAGGAAGCGGUACGCCCACCCCGCUCGGUGUCAUGGUAGGAAGCAUUCUCGGCGGCCUGGCGGCCCUCGUGAUCACAAUCGGCGUCUUCGUGUUCCUCCUUCGACGCUCCCGCCGAGCCAAAGGCGACAAGACGUCGUCCCCAGAAACAUUUUCAACCCAAAACACCGACCAAGACGACUCUAGCAACACCCUGGUCACUCCAACGUCGACAGAGCUUCCGACGGUGGCUGAAAAGGGCGUCUGGAGUCCAGCCUCACCCUACGAGCUGGGCAAGAAUGGUCAAGUCGCCUCCGUGACCACGGUGACUCCUGGGGCGCACGAGAUGCACGCAGGUGACGUGCCCAGGGAGAUGCCCAACAACGAGAUUCCUCCGCCGCAUGAGCUGCCCGCAAAUCAGGCGAGGUCGCGCCCAAGACAGGAAGACAAGACGUUGGGUAGCUUUAUCCCGCCAGACACUAUCAAGACGAGAAAGCCCAGAGACGAAGCAGGGUCACCGAGGCCACCGUGGGAAGACAAGGGUUAUCUGUGA